AUGGCUGAAACAAUCCGUCAAAUGUUGAACUUAGGUCCAAAUGAAGGCGAUAUUACAAGUAUUCCGUUGGACGGAUACGGGACAGUUUUGAAACGACGAGAUGCUUUCUUGAAGCAAAUACAAGGCAACAAAACGUUACGUGAGAAAAUCAAAAAAGCUAAAGCUUUGUUUGUUGUUGGACAUUCGCAAGGAGUCCCAGUUAGCGUUUUUUUACUACAGAAACUAAUUGAAGCUAGAUUGGUUGAUCCCGAUCAACAAACAAUGUGUGCUUUGUUGUUGGCGGGGAUUUCGCAAGGACCGAUUUCGAGAUUCGAUCCUGCAGAAAAACUUGCUGAAAUACAUGUACUAAACAAUGAUCAAUCAGAAGAGCUAUUUGAUUUUCAAAAAUCUUCGUCGCCAAUAUCGCAGGAAUAUCGUGAUGCUACAAUUAAAAUUUUAAAGCGUGGAGUCAAGAUUAUAUAUUUUGCUUCUGGAAAUGAUGAUAAAGUUCCGCUUCAUUCUGCAUUAUACACAAAUAUGGAUCACCCGUCAAUUAAACGUGGUAUAUAUGUCGCCGAUUCUAUAUAUAAGGAAAAAAGAUUUGUAGCAGAUCUAGUAAGAAUACUUAUCCGACUCCGAAACAAUAAUUAUUCCGAUCAUGGUCUAUUGGUUCUCCUGAGCAAAUCUUUAAUUAAAUUCUUAAAAGACCAUGACCACGUAGAUUUAUCCGAAGAACCCGAAGCCUAUCAAUUGGCAGUCGACCAUUUAUACGUGUCAAAAAAAUACAAAAAUGUUCGUGCAAAAUUCACUGAAUUUGAUUACACAUUACCUGCAAAAUCACGCAAAACUUACAUACCAUGGGCAAUGC